AUGAACCAAAGCACGCGACACCCGCAGUUGGACCAGCCUCACGAUAAUCCAGUGACUCUGAUCGUGACUCUCUCGGGGUCUGCGCAGGGUCCGUUCAUUACAGCAACCAAACGGUCCAAAGCGACUCCAAGGUGUGAAGCUCGCGGGUCACUCCGUCUCCCCGGGAUUGUCGAUCCUGGAAAUAAGUACUGGCGGAACCUCGGUAUCAAUGAACAAGGCGCAAAAGAGGAAGUGGUCGCGUGGAUCCGCGAGAUCCACGACCGAGUGCAGGCAGAAUUUGCCGCAAAGAAGGUUCACCCUGACCAUUUGCUUCGGAACCCCAGAGCCCAGAAGCUGCUCAAGAAGCAGAUGGGCGACGCCUUGGGUGGGCUCCCUGUGCUGGCCAGCCAGCGGCCGAGGGAGGAGGCGGUGUCCCGCCUCUAUGACCUGUACCGCGCACUCCAGUGCGCCUUUCCUAUGGAGUGGGGCCUGUCUGCUAAAAAGCCGCGUGCGUCGCGAGCCGCGCGGGCGCGAGCUCCGGCACUAGCAGCUCCCACCUUGAGCGCCACGGCGCCGGCAACAACCACCGUGAACCCCGAGGUCACCCUGAACCCGGCUCAGGCCACCGGGAGCCAAGCCAGACAGAUCCGGGAGCUGCGUGCCGAUGUCGUGGCACUCCAGGGCCAGGUGGCCCAGCUGCAGGCCCAGGGGCGACAGACUGGCGCCGUGCCCAACUCCGAUCGGCAGCCCCGCCCCUGA